CCAGAGCUCAUUUCGCUCAUUUCCCUCUGGCGCGGCUGAGCGUUCUGAAAGAUUUCCCCCCACUUUUAAAAUUGUCGAAUUUUGACAAGAAUUGUCGGAAAUCAUGAGAUCGAUACAUUGUUCUUCAUAAAUACAUUAAUGGAGAAAGACAGGAAAAUUGUGAUGUAUACAUUCAUUCGAGGAAACAAUUUCGAAGAAAAAAAAUUGACGGGAACCCUUUCGGAGACGUCUUGUUUUUGAACUGAUUCAUACUAGGCAUUUGGAUUAACGGACGAGAUAAACGACAAACUUCGGAUUUUGUCUACUGCUGCUGCUAUUGAUCGAUCGAUCGUCGAAUAGUUCUAAUCCAAAAAACAUUCCUCUUCCAAACAUUACGGCGAAGCUGAAUCUCGAUUCAUUUCAAGAUUAGAAGAUCUUUCCGAGAGGAGACUGAUUUAUUUACGGGCAAGGUUUACAACUAAUUCGCCGAAGUAGACAAUGGAACACGUACGACAAGAAGUUGGCCUUAAUAGUUUUGCGUGUGAUUUUUUCCAGUUAUUUACUAAACUCGUGCGUUUAGUGCCAAAAAUAACUGUGGAUGGAAAAGUAACCUUUGCGUUUCUGGAUGUGAUCGAGGCUAUUUCGGGACAGGUACUCGACGACCACUUUUCUCAGAGCCUAGCCGAUAAGGUGGCUUCCUAUUCUGGACUUAGGGUUGUGUUUUCCAUUGCGGGUGAUUGUUCGGAGCGACAUUAUUUUUCUGGUGGAGACCGGUGCGAUGAUACGCUUUACAUUAGGUGUUCUGCUGUUUGCCGUGAUAACCUGAAUGUAAACGACUUCUGGCUCGGAUAUUGCCCGAGUGAAUGGCCAGAAUUAGAAAAUGUGACCCAAGAUUUCCAAUCUACGAUGAUGAAAUUUGGGCGUGAUUUGAUAAGAUCUGACAUUUUAGUGCCGUUAUUUUCUGGAGGACAAGAGGACAAUCGAGUCGAUGUUUUUCUGAGUUUCUUGUCACUCGUGAGGAACUUUUGCCAGAAGAAGACAAAAAGCUCCGAUUGGGCUGAUUGGUCUUCUUCCUCUUUCGACAAAAAUACUCUUAAAUGGGUAUUUUCUAUAUUGAACUUUUUAAACCAACAAUUAGACAAGUCGAGCGAAUUUGAUGAUACUGGGUUUGCAUUCGACACGAAUGUGGAGGCGAAUGCCACCAUUCCAAGGUACUUGUUUAGCAAGUCCUGUUGGAUUCGAGGGAGAUAUUUCCUCGUAUCUUUUGAGAAGUUAGAGGCGCUUCGACUGGCCCCCCACCAGGCUAUAUUCGUGUCUUCUGAGGCCGAGAGCGUCGCGGGAACACCGCUGCGGGACGAACUUGAUCACCAAUGCGAAAAAGGUUACGAGGCUGCCCCGUCGUCGUUGUCGUCGUCGCCGUCUCACAUGAGGAAUAUUAUUGAUUCAUUUUCAAAUUUUGAUAUUAAACUUCUAUCGCCCAUCGAAGAAGACACUGAAGGCGAAGUUGUCGCAACCUCGCUCACCGAUGGCACUAUCCGGGACGCCGGAGAGCUUGUUUGGCCCAUUCAAACGUCUGUUGCACUAGUGUGCUCCGAAGACGACGCCGAGUCGGUCAACAAUGGUGCGAGGGUUGAACAAGCCACCGAUCCGCUGCAAGCAGUGUCGACAAACGAACAAUUAGUGUCAAACGACGAUCAGCAGCCCCGUAUCACUGGCGACGGCGAAUCACACCCUCAAUCUGUUGCACAAGUGUGCUCCGAAGACGACUCGGUCAUCAAUCAAGGCGCGAGGACCGAAGAAGCAGCCCCCAUCCUGAUACCGGCCCCUACAAGCGGUACUCAGCGAGAAUUGAUCCAAAAACGUAAAAGGGAUGGUGGAGACGAUGAUGAUGAGGCAGAUGAAGAUGAUUUAAACGACGAACAGCGGCCCGCGGAGGACCCCGCGACCAUGAAUGCUAAAGAAACCCUAGCCCUCGCUACAAUUAGUGCGCCGGAUGCUCAGCCACAGAAAAAAAAAAGAAAAAGCGAAGAAGGGACGAUGAUCAUCAGUCCGUCCUAUGUACAGUCGAGGGAUCACAUCUUCAAACAGUGCCGCGAGUGA